AUACACACUUGCCAUUUUGCUUUGCUUAGUGCAAUCAGCAUCCUUUCCCUCUUCAUGGUUAGUCAGCAAAUUAACAAUAUAUAUGUGGCAGCAGUGUUUGAUAUAUGAUUCUUAUUUAAUUGUGAUGUGAAAACUGAUUGCUGAUUAUGCAGUUUUCUUUUGAUACUGAAAACUGGUUUUAGUUAGUGAAGUCCCCAGACUUUUUAUAUUAUACAAGACGUGUUGGUAUUCUACAGUUUAUAUACAUCACUAUAUAUAUGUAUUAGACACAACAUAUCCCUUUGCAUAAAAAAUACAUUCCAAAGAAGAAGAAGAAGAAGAGAGGAAGUACGAAGAAUAUAUAUAUAUAGAGACAAGGCUAUGGCAUUUUCAGCUGCUAAUGAUUUUUAUGGGAAAGCAAAGCCAUUUUUGGCUGUGAUUCUUUUACAAUUUGGGUAUGCAGGCCUGUCAAUAAUUUCCAAGUUUGCUCUAAAUCAGGGGAUGAGCCAACAUGUAUUAGUUGUGUAUAGGCAUGCUGUUGCCACCAUUGUCAUUACUCCCUUUGCCAUUCUUUUUGAUAGGAAAGUGAGGCCAAAGAUGACAAUCUCAAUCUUUCUUAAGAUACUAAUGAUGGGCUUAUUGGAGCCAACAAUUGACCAGAACUUGUAUUAUACUGGCAUGAAGUAUACAACAGCAACUUUUGCUGCUACAAUGUGCAAUAUUCUUCCUGCUUUUGCAUUUAUUAUGGCUUGGAUCUUAAGGCUUGAGAAGGUUAACCUAAAGAGAGUGCAUAGCCAGGCAAAGUUGUUGGGAACAAUUGUUACAGUUGGAGGAGCAAUGAUAAUGACUUUAGUUAAAGGGGCAAAGUUAAAUUUGCCAUGGACAGAAGGAUAUAAUGAUAUCCAAGGAUCUUCCAGUGCACCAACCAUGCAAGACACCAUCAAGGGUGCUUCUUUGAUUGGAGUAGGCUGCAUUUGUUGGUCUGCUUUCAUCAUCCUUCAAGCAAUUACGCUAAAAACAUACCCAGCUGAGCUCUCUCUAACAGCUUUUAUAUGUCUGAUGGGAACUAUUGAAGGCACCAUAUUUGCUGUUAUAAUGGAAAGGGGAAAUCCUUCAGCUUGGUCUAUACACUUUGAUACUAAGUUAUUAGCUUGUGUAUAUAGCGGAGUAAUUUGUUCAGGAGUUGCUUAUUAUGUUCAAGGAGUCAUAAUGAAAUCCAAAGGCCCUGUUUUUGUGACUGCCUUCAAUCCUUUAUGCAUGAUCAUUGUUACAAUUUUAGGCUCCUUUGUCUUGUCAGAGAUUGUGUAUUUUGGAAGGGUUCUUGGGGCACUUGUCAUUGUUAUAGGCUUAUACUUAGUAUUGUGGGGUAAGAGCAAGGAUCAGUCUCCUUCAACCUCAAACAAUGAUGAUAAGGUAGAAGUAACUACUUCAGAAAUGGAUACUAUGAAUGAAAGAAUUGGAGCUUCAGAUCAAGACUUUGUUGCCAUUGACCUUAACAAAGUGAGACCUACCAAUGAAUCCAUUUGAAGGAAUUUCAAAGUUAAAAGCAACAAAUAUUGCAUGGAAUUAGAACUUUCUGUUCUAACUAUCUCUCAUGCCAUAGUGUAUGAUAUAAUUUCUAAAUGUGUUAUUGUCUUCUGUUUCAUUUUUUCUUUCACCUCCUUGAGAAAAGCAGAGAGUUUUAGGCAAGAGAGCUUUAUCAUAUAUAUAUAUAUAUAUAUAUAUGAUAGUUCUUUUUUCUUUUAUUUAUCUUUUGCGUACAUCCGUAAUGAAUUAAAGAAAUCAUUAAGUUGGUUUUUAUUUA